GCCCCUAAAAAAUAAUCUUCUUUCUUCUGCUUCUUCUUGUAUAGAUAUAGAAAUAUAAUAAAUAUAAAAAAGCAGAAUGCAUAUUUCUUGAGGAGUCUUCAAACACCAAAAUUCAAUCCCCCUCGUCUCUGGAUUCACUAUUUUAUCAAUCAUUCAAUCAAAAUUCAUAUUAAAAAACCCUAAUUUUAUUAAAUAAUAAAGAAAAUGGGUUUACAGCAAUCCAAAGACGAACUUUUGUAUCAACAAGUCAGUUAUGGCAAUACUGAAGGCAUCAAAAAGCUUCACUCUGAAGGCGCUGGCCUUGAGUGGAUGGAUAAAGAAGGAAAGACACCUUUAAUAUUGGCUUCAAUGAAUCCACAGUUAUAUGAUGUCGCUAAAACAUUGUUAGAAUUGGGUGCCAAUGCCAACGCCUAUCGUCCAGGUCGUCAUGCUGGUGCUCCUUUGCAUCAUGCUGCAAAAAGAGGUCUAGAACCGAUGGUUAAGCUACUUCUCUCUCAUGGAGCUAAUGCAUUGGUGAUGAAUGAUGAUUGUCAAACUGCACUUGAUGUUGCAAGAGUCAAGGGAUAUAGCAAUGUUGUUCGUGCAAUUGAGAACCAUAUCUGCUUAUUCUCUGGAUGGCUGCAAGAGCUUUAUGGGCCGGGAUUUCUUGAACUUUUUGCUCCCCAAUUACUUUCUAGAAAAGUGUGGGUAACUAUAGUCCCAUGCGGAGCUCGUAAACUUGUAAAACCUUUCAGGUUGGAACUUGCCAUAUAUGGAGGUUUACAGGAUGCAAAACCUCGCACAAUAAUCCCACUGUGGAAGGCUAAUAUGGAUGAACCAAAUUUUAAUCAGCCGGAUCCUACAGUUGUCAUUUCUAGCUCCAACAUCCCAAAGAGCUGGAGAAGGAAGAGAUGUAUUAUGCAUUCCCAAACUAGGCAGUCACGCAUUAAACUUGCACCAGCUAACGAAAAUGAGAAGCAGAACUUGCAGCGGUUUUGCAAUGCUUGUAAAGGAAUUCCUCAGGUUAUGCAUCCUGCAUUUCCAUUCAACAACCAAAGGCUUAUUGCUGGACCACCCUCCCAGACAACACCAGGAAACCCUGGGUCAACUCUACCUAGUAGGGCCUCACUCCAGUCCGGUUCAGUAGUUACACCCAUGGCUCCUGCUACCCACACCGCCUCCAGUUCAAACAAUUUUCCUGGUGAGGCCAAGCCAGACACCCCAGUUACUGAUACUGCACUUGUUAAUGGAAAGAAACAAUGUGAAGUUCAAGAUGUAGGAACAAGUAGUACCCCUGUUGGCUAUCAUCCCCAUACAGAUAGUAACACAUAUUCUCAAAUUGUCCCAACAACACCUAAUAAUGUAAUAUCCCAAUCAUCGAUCCCAUCAGCACCUCCGCUGCCAGACAUGAUGGAUGAUGGUCCUAUUCACUACCCAUCAAUUGAUUCUGACCCUAUGGACCUAAGUGAAAAUAUCCCUGAUUGUAAAUCAAAUGAGAAUGAGAAAAUCAACAAUGAUUCUUCCUCAUGUGUCAUAUGCCUGGAUGCACCAGUCGAGGGAGCUUGCAUCCCAUGUGGUCACAUGGCUGGAUGCAUGUCUUGUUUGAACGAAAUCAAAGGCAAAAGUUGGGGUUGCCCUGUUUGCCGCACCAAGAUCGAUCAAGUUGUACGACUUUAUGCUGUAUAGAGUUGACGUUGUGUCUAAUUUAAUGGACGUGUGUAUAUAUAUUUUAAGAAUGGGGGGAAAUAAUAUUUGCCUGCUGUGGGAGGAGUGGAUCUAUCUGAAACACCAUUAAAAGUUUUGGCAUGCUGCUAAGCUCUUUGUUCUUUUUCAUUUUUGAGAUUAUGAACACUCCAAAUAUUAUCAAGCAUGUAUUGCAAGUUUUUGGAGCAUAUAUUUUGCUUCCUGUAUAUAUUAAAAUGAGUGUAACAAGUAAAUAUUUGUAAGUUUGUCAGAAAUCAAAUAUAUAUUAAAUCGUGGUAAUUACGUUA